AUGUUAGCAUACAAUAUCUUGAAAAAUAGUGCCAUUAAGCAAGUCAGGUUUGCCUCAUCAUCCAAAUCUCUAAGCUCAGCACAAUUGGUUAUUAAGAAUGGUCCAACUUUUAGCGGUCUUUCCUUUGGUGCUCCAAAGACUGUUUCCGGAGAAGCCGUCUUUACAACAUCGUUGGUAGGAUACCCAGAAUCAAUGACUGACCCAUCUUACCGUGGUCAGAUCAUCUGUUUCACCCAACCAUUGAUUGGAAACUAUGGCGUUCCAUCCGGUACAAAACGUGAUGAGUUUUCGCUACUCAAAUACUUUGAAUCUCCACAUAUUCAGUGCUCAGGUAUAGUUGUCUCCGAUGUUGCACUGGAAUAUUCUCAUUGGACUGCUGUAGAGUCUCUUAGUGAAUGGUGCCAAAGAGAAGGCGUUGCUGCAAUUACCGGUGUCGAUACCAGAGAGCUGGUCUCUUAUUUGAGAGAACAAGGCUCAAGUUUGGCAAGGCUACAGGUUGACGGUGACAAGUCCAGUGAUUUUUAUGAUCCUGGUCAGGUCAAUAUGGUCGCCAAGGUGACUACUAAACAACCUUAUCACAUCCCCGUUGCCAAUGCAAAACACCACGUCUUAGUCGUUGAUUGUGGUGCAAAGGAAAACAUUUUAAGGUGUCUUGUUUCCAGAGGUGCUGAUAUUACUGUAGUUCCUUACAAUUACCCAAUACAAAAAGUCGCUGAUAAAUUCGAUGGUAUCUUUAUCUCUAAUGGACCAGGAGAUCCAGUAUAUUGCUUCGAAACCGUUGAGAACCUGAAACAGGUCAUCAAGGGAAACCCUGAUUUACCUUUGAUGGGCAUCUGUAUGGGCCAUCAAUUACUUUCAUUAGCUGCUGGCGCAAAAACAUUGAAGUUGAAGUACGGUAAUAGGGCUCACAACAUUCCAACUCUCGAUUUAACUACUGGCAAAUGUCAUAUAACGUCACAAAAUCAUGGUUACGCAGUCGACGCAUCUACUUUACCUUCGGACUAUCAAGAAUACUUCAUCAACUUAAACGACCAAUCCAAUGAAGGCAUGAUGCACAAGGAAAGGCCUAUUUUCUCCGUCCAAUUCCACCCAGAAGCCAAAGGUGGUCCAUUGGAUUCAUCUUUCUUGUUUGAUAGAUAUUUCCAACUGCUGGAUCAAUACAAAGUUUCAAACAAGGCUAAAAAUUUAGGUGAUUUAUCCCCAGAAAAACUACCUGGUGCUAGAGUCUGGUAA